UCUAAAAGCUGAUCUUGUGCUUUGUUAACUUGACAACCAUGUGUCUUUUUCAGAUGUUUAAUAGGUGAGGCUUUUCACUAAUCUCAAUUUACUCAUCAAUAUUCCGUUAAAUUAGUUUUUUUUAUUGCUACAAGUGGACUAAUCUCAAUUAAAAUGGCAAAUGUGGACCUUGAGCUUAAAAAGCAGUUCAAAGAAUUACAAAUUAAAGUUGGUGAAACGCGAAGUAAAAUGAGACAAAUCGAUGGUACCAUUGACAUUCUCAGUCGUAGUAGUCAACGUUAUCGGUUAACAUUGACGGAAGUAAAGAACCUACCCGAAUCCAUCACCACGUACCAAUCUAUUGGCCGUAUGUUUGUUAAAGCUAAAAGGGAUGAGAUUGAAGUGGAUUUGAAUGAAGCCAUUAAAACCAACGCUGAAAAAUGCCAAGAACUGGAAAAGAGUAAAGUCUAUUUAGAAAAAGGCUUGAAAGAAAAGGAAGACAGUAUAAGAGAACUAAUUUCUCAGAAACAAGCUCAAUUGAGUUAAAUGAAAUGAAAAAAUCAGAAUUUGCUAUUAGAUGCUAAUGUGAAACCCUUUCAGGGUAUUUGCUUGGUUUUCAGUUCUCUGAUUUGUUUCCAUUCAAUACAAUGUUUUGUCCACUGAUUUAAUCAUGAAUGUAAAUAAAUAAUUGGACAUUUCUUUUAUAAAAAA